AUGUCGCUUCCACCUUCUUCGCCCAGGCUUCCGAGCCCUCCACCACCAACAGAGAUUCAGAUUGGACCAAAAUCGCCAUCUAUGGGCAGCUCCAACAACUUAGAGUCCUCGAUUGAGCAGAGCGUUAUCGAUGCCAAUGCGAAGAGAAGGAUACAUCCGGGCACUCGGUCUGCCGACAUGGCAGCUGGUCCUCCUUUGGUGCCUCUAAGUGAACUAGAUUCCGCCUUCCAGCUCCAAGAACAUCUCAAAGCUCUUCAUCACCAUUACAUCAAGCCCUCCGAUUCCGACUCUUCCGUUCCGAUAAACCGCGAAACCGCUACGCUCAUUGCGACCCAACCCGAAGGCGUUGACCGCGCGCUAUGGCUUUAUGAACUCUGCCGGUUCCUAAUAAACAAAUGCAACGAGCUGAUAAUCGGCUUCCUUUUCGACGAUCCACCAUGUUCGGCAACAACCUGCCCAGAGAUGCGGGCUAGCGAAUGGCAAUUUCUCUGCGCCGUACACGAGAGUCCCAAGAGCUGUUGCGCGAUUGACUAUUGCUGCCACACACUGGACUGGGCAACCAACAUCGUGACUAGUCAGAAGAUCUUUCCUAGUAGGCUUAGCCUUGGAGCUGGGGAUGCUAUGGAUGAUCGGGGAGCCGGCGUAAAGCAUUUGACGAACAUCUUUAGGAGGCUGCACCGGAUUUUUGCACAUGCUUGGUUUCAACACCGCGGUGUAUUCUGGCAGGUCGAGGGUCAGACCGGGCUAUAUGUUUUGUUCAAAACUGUGUGUGAUACCUAUGAGCUGCUGCCGGCUGAGAACUACAAGCUCCCCCCUGAAGCUGAGGGAUUGGAACCAGUUGAGGAAGUGAAAGCACAAGCUCCCACAAUACUGAAAGCUGACGGGAACCAUAAAUCCAACUCUCACGCUGAGGACGACUUUAUGAAUGUAUCCAGGAGUGGGACGAGUACUAGGCGCCAUAUCCGCCAGUCACCAUCUGUUGGAUCGGCAGUGCCUACAGUUUUGGAAUCAGACGAAGAAGACCCAGAUGUGACUGCCAAAUUUGACAAGUUGAAUAUCACCGAAGAGGAAGAGGAAGAUUCUGGAAACACAACUGAGACAACUGAGGUCCCAGUCAUCGUUGAUAGCUAUGAGGUGGAUGAACAUAACGACGGGUCUCCACCACCACCAGCAAAGGUAGAGUCACCCAUUCUUGAACAUACAGAACUUGAAUCGGAAGCGCCAGAUGAUCCCUCAAGCUCCCUGACUCCAGAUUCAUCGGAAGAUGAACCCGAGGAAGAGGAGAAGGAUGAAUUGAAAGAACCAGACGAGGAGGACGCUGCGGAAUCAAUGUCGCCUAUUGUCCCUGAUGCAGAAAUCACCAUCACGGCGCCAUCUCCUAUCGAAGCCGAGGGAAGGUCUAUUGAGAAAGAACUCGACAAGGAAAAGCCAAAAGGAGAGGAAAGUGAAGAAAAGGAAGAGAAGAGUAAGGAAAAGGAAUCCGAGGAAAAGUCAAAAGAGCCAAAAGAGGAAGAAAAGAAAGAUUCGUCUACAUGA